CUUUGACAUGCCUUUAUAAGCCUUCACAAUGCCUCCUGGAAUUUACCCUUUCUGUUAUUUUUGGUGAUUCAACAUGGCAGUAAUGGCAAAGAUUGUUGUUUUGAUUCUCAUUGCUAGUUUCAGUAAUGUCUUUUGUUUCCCAAAGAGGGAAGCUGCCCAUGAGGUUGAUGCUUCAACAACACCGUCCCCCAACAAUCAGACACAAACUGAAGCUGUGUAUGGUGCAAGUGAAGAUGUGGAAGCAGGCACUCCAGCACCUAAUCUCCACAAUCAGACCACUACUGCACAGCCUGAUGUUACUGAUGGACCAAGUGAAGAUGAUGUGGUAACUGCAACUCCAAAUCCCCAAAACCAGACAACACCUGUUGCCCAGACUGAAAAUGCUGAAACCCAUGGGCCAAGUGAAGAUGGUGUGGUAGCUACAACCCCAAGUCCCCAGAACCAGACAACACCUGCUGCUCAGACUGAAAAUGCUGAAACUGAUGGGCCAAGUGAAGAUGGUGUGGUAGCUACAACCCCAAGUCCCCAAAACCAGACUACAUCAUCUGCCACAGGUGGAGUAACUGAUGAACCAAGUGAAGAUGCUGAGGUUGCCACCACGACCCAGAAUGCCCAAAACCUGACCACUUUGGCCCACACUGUAGGAACUGAAGGCCCAAGUGAGGAUGCUAUUGUGUUAACCACUGUACUGCAAAAUGGGACCACCCCUGCCCAAGACGUAGCCACCAUUACUGACUCCCAUGAUUCCUCCUGAAGUGGCAAUCAGAAUGCUAAUUCUAAAUGGAAUUCUUGUCAUCUUGGCUUUCUCCAUCUCAUUCAAUAAAUGCCAGAUUUUAUCCAA